UAUGUCCUCUGGGUGGUAUUUUUUCAUUGUUAUUUUUAUUGCAGAACUGCUCUACUAUGUUUUCUUAAAUUAAGCUUUCCAUGUCGGGACCUUUCCGCCCAUUGCUGAGCGGUUUAACCUACUGUCUUCAUCGCUGUCUUACUAGUUGUCAAUCUAUUUUCACGUUUCAGUUGUUCCCUUUGCGCUUUAUUCCUGUGCUCAAUGUUUCAUUAUGUCAAAUGGAAACUAAAUGAACUAAUUAAGGCUGCAAUAGGUCAUCAAUCAUGACAUGGAAAGUAAAUGAAUCUAUAAUUAACUUAGGCAUUGAUGCUAUGAAUUUAUCAUCUUGAAUGGGCAAUUGGAGCCAGAACUAAAAUACAGUGAAUACACUUAUAUUGAAACUAAGUCACACGUUCAAUUUUGGUAGCUCCUAUAAAUUACGACAUUGUUAGUACCCUGAUUCUCAAGAAGAAAACUAUCUAGUUAUUCCUAUGCAUCUAAAAAUACUGGUAUCCAUUCCUAUCUUAGAAAGAUGGUUGAGAAACUGCACCAGGAUAUGCUUAUUGUCUAGUGUCCUUGAUAAUUGUGAAUUAAGCUUGAUGAUCCUUUUGUGGCACUGUUGAUACUGCAUCUAACUUUGCAACUAUUGAACCUAACUGAAAUAUUCUGUCUCCUAAGUGGGAAAGGAAAAAAGGAAAUUAAAUUUUGAUGACUACGACUUAUACUGGUUUAACUGCUAACACUUAUUGAUCUUGCCUUAAUGCUGUACUGUCUUGGUUGCUGCUAUUUGUUGUAUAUGUGAUUUAACUUGGUUUGUAACAGAACAGGGGUUGUUUUGGAUGCUGCACUAAACCCACACCAAUUAUUGCUGUUGAUGAGCCGUCAAAGGGACUGAAAAUUCAAGGGCGCAUGGUGAGAAAACCUAGUGUAUCUGAUGAUUUCUGGAGUACCAGCACGUAUGAUCUGGACAACAGCACUGUCCAAUCUCAAAGAAGCAUCUCAUCCAUUAGCACGUCAAACCAGACCCUAAAUUGUGGAAGUGGCAUUGCUAGCAUGAGCAGCAAUUCUGAUUUUGUAAAUAAUGGUGUUCUUCUCUGGAAUCAAACCAGGCUUCAAUGGAUUGGAUCUAGCAGGUCCAGGGAUCAUACUCAACGGAGUCGGGAACCCAGAUUAAGUUGGAAUGCGACUUAUGAAAGUUUGCUUGGUACCAAGCAGCCAUUCCCCCAGCCAAUCCCUCUAUCUGAAAUGAUAGACUUUCUGGUAGAUGUAUGGGAGCAGGAGGGGCUGUAUGAUUGAGGAACUGUAUCAUAUCAAGACCCCACUGUCUUUGUAACUAUUAAGAGUUGUUCGUGUAUAGUUGAGGGCCAAAGGAGGAACAAAAAGAUCAAACAAAUGUUUCUAAAUUUUAAUUCUACACGCUAAUGACCAUCUUUUUCUCUUCUUAUCUUUCUUUUUUCCUUUUCCUCUUGUACAUGCCCUAUUGGACUUGGCCCUCUACCAUAUUCAAACUGAAUACAGGUGCAAAUAUGUCGAUGAUUAACACUAAA